AUGAAGAACAAAAAUAACGUGACUGAGUUUAUCUUCCAGGGACUCACACAAGAUAAUACAUUAGCAAAAGUAUGCUUCACAUUUUUCUUAGUCUUCUAUGCCACUAUUAUUCUUGGAAACCUGCUUAUCAUCAUCACUAUAAAGACCGGUCAACAGCUGGACUCUCCCAUGUACUUCUUCCUGAGCUACUUGUCCUUUUUAGACAUCAGUUACUCUACUGUCACAGCUCCCAAACUCAUUUAUGACCUUCUUGCUGAAAAGAAGACCAUCCCUUUUGCGGGCUGCAUAGCACAGCUGUUUGGGGUGCAUUUCUUUGGCUGCACCGAGAUCUUCAUCCUCACAGCAAUGGCAUAUGAUCGUUACACUGCUAUAUGCAAGCCGCUUCACUACACAAACAUAAUGAACAAGCGUGUCUGUGGCUGGCUGGUGGCAGCUUCUUGGGUGGGAGGCUGUGUGCACUCCCUGGUGCAGACCCUGCUGACCAUUCAGCUACCAUUUUGUGGGCCCAAUGAGGUGGACCACUAUUUCUGUGAUGUGCAUCCUUUGCUGAAGCUGGCCUGCACUGACACCUACGUGGUUGGUGUCAUAGUGGUUGCCAAUAGUGGUCUGAUUUCCUUGAGCUCUUUUGUUGUUCUUGUUGUGUCCUAUGUCAUUAUUUUGGUCUCUUUGAGGACACACUCUUCCAAAGGAUGUCUCAAAGCACUGUCUACCUGCACCUCCCAUGUCGCUGUUGUACUUCUAUUCUUUGGGCCAUGCAUUUUCAUCUAUAUGCGCCCUUCCACCACCUUCUCAGCAGACAAGAUGGUCUCUGUGUGUUACACCAUCCUCACGCCUAUGCUCAAUCCCUUGAUUUACACUCUCCGAAAUGAAGACAUGAAAAAAGCCAUGAAAAAGCUGUGGAGUAGAAAAGCAAAGAGAAAUGGGAAAUGA